CCGCCCCUCGCUCCCCCUCCCCCAGGGCCUGGCGAGCACCGCCCCCGCCCCCGCCCCGUCUGCGCGUCCUCUCCGGGAGGGGUUGGGGGGCGCGGCGCCCCACAUAACACUCCCCCUCCUGAGCUCGGAGCCACCCUCUCCCCUCCCUCCUGCAAACACCGCCGCCUCCCCUGCCACCGCCGCCACCUCGCCCGACGCUCCGCAGCUCGCCGCAGCCGGGGGGCGGUGCGCGGACCGUGCGCGCCGCGGGCGCCAGAUGUGCAGUCCCCGCCGCCGCCAGUGACCUAGCCGCAGCCCGAGCGGGAUCGGGCCGCCUCCCUGAUGCCGCGGGGGCGACCUUGAGCUUCCCUUGGUGGGGACCCCCGACACCCGAGCGCUGUGCCCAGUCGUGCACUCUGCAGCCCGGCUUGCCGCGCGCUUGGACAUGGAAGGGGCCACUGCGCCCGUGGCGGGGGACCGUCCGGAUCCGGGGCCGGGGGCUCUGGGCUCUCCCCGGGAGGCGGUGGCGGGGGCGACUGCAGCCCCCGCGACGGCGGCAGCCCCGGAGCCCAGGAAGCCGCACGGGGUGAAGCGGCAUCACCACAAGCACAACUUGAAGCACCGCUACGAGCUGCAGGAGACCCUGGGCAAAGGCACCUACGGCAAAGUCAAGAGGGCCACUGAGAGGUUUUCGGGCCGAGUGGUUGCUAUAAAAUCCAUUCGUAAGGACAAAAUUAAGGAUGAACAAGACAUGGUUCACAUCAGACGAGAGAUUGAGAUCAUGUCAUCUCUCAACCAUCCUCAUAUCAUCAGUAUUUAUGAAGUGUUUGAGAACAAAGAUAAGAUUGUGAUCAUCAUGGAAUAUGCAAGCAAAGGGGAGCUGUAUGAUUACAUCAGCGAGCGGCGGCGCCUCAGUGAGAGGGAGACCCGGCACUUCUUCCGGCAGAUCGUCUCCGCCGUGCACUAUUGUCAUAAGAACGGUGUGGUCCACCGGGACUUGAAGCUGGAAAAUAUACUGCUUGAUGACAACUGCAAUAUUAAGAUUGCUGACUUUGGGCUUUCCAACCUGUACCAGAAGGAUAAGUUCCUGCAAACGUUUUGCGGGAGUCCACUCUAUGCAUCUCCUGAGAUUGUCAAUGGGAGACCUUACCGAGGACCAGAGGUGGACAGCUGGGCCCUGGGCGUGUUGCUUUACACCCUCGUUUAUGGAACAAUGCCCUUCGAUGGUUUCGAUCACAAAAACCUCAUUCGUCAGAUCAGCAGCGGAGAGUACCGGGAGCCCACGCAGCCCUCAGAUGCUCGAGGACUCAUUCGGUGGAUGCUGAUGGUGAACCCUGAUCGUCGGGCCACUAUUGAGGACAUUGCCAACCACUGGUGGGUGAACUGGGGCUAUAAGAGCAGCGUAUGUGACUGCGAUGCCCUCCAUGACUCUGAGUCCCCACUCCUGGCUCGGAUCAUUGACUGGCACCACCGUUCCACAGGGCUGCAGGCUGAUGCCGAUGCCAAAAUGAAGGGCCUGGCCAAGCCUGCAACAUCUGAGGUCAUGCUAGAGCGGCAGCGGUCACUGAAGAAAUCCAAGAAAGAGAAUGACUUUGCCCAGUCUGGUCAGGAUGCAGUGCCUGAAAGCCCAUCCAAGUUGAGUUCCAAGAGGCCCAAGGGGAUCCUGAAGAAGCGAAGUAACAGCGAGCAUCGCUCUCACAGCACUGGCUUCAUCGAAGGCGUGGUUGGUCCUACCUUACCCUCUACUUUCAAGAUGGAGCAGGACUUAUGCAGGACUGGUGUGCUCCUCCCAAGCUCACCAGAGGCAGAGGUGCCCGGAAAACUCAGCCCCAAGCAGUCAGCCACGAUGCCCAAGAAAGGCAUCUUGAAAAAGACCCAGCAAAGAGAAUCGGGUUACUACUCUUCCCCAGAGCGCAGCGAGUCUUCGGAGCUGUUGGACAGCAAUGAUGUGAUGGGUAGCAGCAUCCCUUCCCCCAGCCCCCCGGACCCAGCCAGGGUGACCUCCCAUAGUCUCUCCUGCCGGAGGAAGGGCAUCUUGAAACACAGCAGCAAGUACUCAGCGGGUGCCAUGGACCCUGCCCUGGUCAGCCCUGAAAUGCCCACACUGGAAUCCCUGUCAGAGCCUGGCGUCCCUGCUGAGGGCCUCUCCCGGAGCUAUAGCCGUCCUUCCAGUGUCAUCAGCGAUGACAGCGUGCUGUCCAGUGACUCUUUCGACUUACUGGAUUUGCAGGAGAAUCGCCCUGCCCGCCAGUGCAUCCGCAGCUGCGUCUCUGCAGAAAAUUUCCUCCAGAUCCAGGACUUUGAGGGGCUCCAGAACCGGCCCCGGCCCCAGUACCUGAAGCGGUACCGGAACCGGGGGGCAGACAGCAGCUUCUCCCUCCUCACAGACAUGGAUGACGUGACUCAGGUCUACAAGCAAGCGCUGGAGAUCUGCAGCAAGCUCAACUAGCACUCCAGGGGGCCGGGGACAGGCGGGGGUACGAGGGAGGAAGGGGAGCAAGACUUGGGCUCAUAGGCUGGUUACCUCUUUGCUGGCCAUGACAACAGACUGAAAAAGGAUUGGCACUGUCUCAUUUGGCCAAGUUUGCAGCCUUGAGCCAACACCUAAAGGGGAGAAGUGGGCUCUUCUGCCGGUUCUGCCAACUGUCAGUCAGAAUUUGGGCCCUAUUUGGCAUUUGCUUUAUGGCACCUCCUAGAGGACCAGCUGUCCAGGAGAGGUGGUGUUGACCGGCUUAGUGGGUGGAGAGGAAGCACAUGGCGGGGAGGAUUUCCUUAGAAAUUAUCCAAAUGCUUCUGAGGAGGGGCAGGAGACACUUGGGCUGUCUGCUUUGGGUGAGCCCAAAGAACUUGCCCCUUAUCUCCUUGCAUUAGCAAGCUAGGUCUGACUGCGUGGAGCUGGCAAGUAGAUUUCAGCAACUUGAGCUUGAGGUUAUGAUCAAUUAAUAAUGGCUGCCAGUUGUGCUGGUGUGAGUGGCCAACAUCAUGGGGAGAGAGUGCUGUGAUUGACAAGUCAUGGCUACCAUGGACAAGGGAAGGGUAGCAGUAGCACUAAUGCUAUGUAGUUGUCAUCUUUGAUCUGGUUAAACCCUGGGAAUUGGGUUAAGGCAUUCUGUGGGAUCUGUGUUAACUCCUUCGUGUCACUGGUGAGGCAUUUGUUAAUUUGCUACUCAACUUUGAUGACAGGGCCUUGGUCAGACAGAGAAUGCUCUGAAUUCUGCUAAGGACAUAGAGUCAACCCAUGGUGAUUUAGCUCCUUGCUAUUCACCUCCUCUUUUCUGAUGUCUGCCUUGCUGUAUAGCACAACCUCUCAAGGGUGGACAGGGAAAAAGACGAUGGUGUCAGAGGUCAAAACUAUUGUAAUGAUAGGGCACAAGAUGGUCUGUGAUCUUUGCACAGAUGAAUGGAAGUUGAUGCACACCAAGGGGGGCACCUUGUCAUUUUCUUUCUCAGUAUUAACUGGAAUGCUGCCUCUUGGGUUCUCACAUGCAUGGAUGCUUUAGUCUCCAGAGGAUAACCUGAAUCAACCAUUGACUCUGUUCACCAAAGACAAGUGGUUUCCUCUUCCACUGAGUGUAGCAUCUUCAGAGGUAGAUGAGUUUGCUUCUAGGGAGUUAGUGUGUAGGUGGGCUAUUGGGAUGAGAAAAGGAAAAUCAGGUAGAAGGUGCUUCCCCCCCAAAUCUAAGUAUUCUGUCAUGUUUAAAACUUUGACAUGAACUCCUGGGCUUUGGGGGAAAAGAAAGUUCCAUUUAUUUAAAUGAAAAAGGUAUUGAAAGAGUGCAGGGGGGUUGGGAGGAAGCAUGUACGAGAGGGAACAUUUUCUUAGAUGUCACCCAGAUGGUUCUGGAGGAGGCAGAAAAGAGGUGCAGUAAGACUCUUACUUAAAGAGUAAAAAAAAACCAACUAGAUAUAUAAUUUCUAAAUACUCAGAUCACAAGAUGCCACUCCAACCAUGGGACACCUUCAGGAUACUAGGUUUGGACUGCCUGGUCUCUUUGGGAUGACUUCAGAUUCUGCUGGCCAAGAGAAAUUGAACUCAUUUCAAGAGGGCCACCUCUGGUAGCAUGUAGAUAGACAGGAGGACUGGUCUUGGGAACAUCUUUGGAAAAACCAACAAACAGUCGUUCAUAGGGAGAUGAGAAAGAAUUCACCUUACAGCACUAGGACAGUGCAUUAGAAUGGAAUUGCCCUUUCCUUAAGGAGACAGUUCAGUUUCUCGCCUUACCACCGGCUCUGGCGUUUUGACUUGUGCAUUCCUUCAGGUUGAGCUGAGCAGUGUUAUGGGAAGCUGCUCAGUUUCCUUUCAUUCAAUUCCACCUCCUUCCUGAACUCUUAAUAGAGGUUAAAAGGGAAAAAAAAAAUCUGUAGAUAGCAAAUUGUGUGUGUUUGUGGGGGUGGGGUAUGGGUGCAUGGAGGGCUACCUGCAACUCUGAGCUCCCUAAUUCCUGCCUCAUUUCAUGCAGUCUUUUCUGAACAGCCUAUGCUGCUGCCCUGCUGGCCCUUGCAUACGGCAGCUAGCCGUGUCUGUAGCUGUCAGUAUGACUUAGAUCUAGCACCUACCUGCUGGUUGAUGUGUUCUUUCCUUUUGCCAAGUGGUUGAGUCUGUUUAGUAUUUUCCAUCAUUCUAGUCUUUAAGUAAAAAUGACGCUAUUGAGGAAGGUCAGUCUACUCCUUUCUUCCUCCCCCAAACGCUUGUUCUCUUUUGUCAGGAAACUCAGCCAGAGGACUGUGGCAGAGAAAGUCCUCCACUCAGGCAGAGACUCGGAGUUAAGUCACAGGUGGCCUUAGGCAUCUGCAUUAUUUGGGGGGCUUAAGUUUUCCUUCCAGUGAGGGCUUGGAGGGAUAAAUUAGCUUGUCCCCGAGGCCCUGCUUAGCUCUGACACUCUGCAAACAUCCUCUGAUUCUAGGUGUGAUGUUGACUGCCCUUUCCAGAAAAAACUUGCAAUAGAGGGAAAAGCCGUUAAGAGCAGCUCCCUGCUUCAUCAUUAAGUCCUGUCAUCUCUGCCAGCCAAUCCAAGUCAAAGAAGUUACACUUUAUUCCCUUCUGUGGAAUUACAAGUGAGAGACACUUUUAUGACCUGGUGGACAAAGCAGGAGAUUGGCUGUCAGCUCUCCUGGUCCUUUCCUUGCUUCUGUGGGCCUUGCACCGUCUUAGUUUACACAUCUGCCAAAGGGGUAGAAUUACUCUUCUUUUUACAGGUAAAUUUCAAGGCACGAUCAGUUUUCAGGAAGUGCUUCAAGACCCCAGGUGAAAUGAAAAUGCUAAAUACCCUCUGAAUUGCUAUCCCUGUUACCAGGUGCUGCUUAUUCAGAUGAUGGGGAGCACUUUUCAGGGUGAAAUUCAGGCGGGUUUUGCCCAGGCCUGCUGUCUUGAGUACAAAUGUGAAUGAUCGACUGACUGCUUGUUGCCAAACUGGAAAUGUUCUGUAGGGAUUUACUGGCAUGGUAUCAUUCCUAGAAGAAAAAAAAAAAAGAGAGAGAAACUUGACUGCACAUUAAAAAAAAAAUCCGUGUUGUGACUUUUAUUUAAUUUCUAUUUUGUUUUGGUAAUAAAAAGUUGACUUUUUUAUUUGAAUUUGUCUUUUUUAUUUAUUGGUCUGAAAGGCAUUUCAAAGGUAUUAUAAUAAUAUAUUGGUGUAAUUUAAUUGGUGCAACAUGGUUUAUGGCUCCCGUCAAAAUUGAUUGGUUUGAGCCCAGAACAGCCUACAGGGGAGAAAAAGCUGGAUAACCACCCAAAGUGUUUGUAUUUUCAUUGGAAACUGAUUUUUGUUUCAUUUUGGUUUUUGUUUCUGUUUUUAUUUUUAAAUUAAAUAAAUUGCAAUGAACUGAA